GCUGAUGCUAGGGCAGUGAGAGAGAGAGAGAGAGGCCUGUGGGUGGGUGGGGAAGAAGAGAGGCAGCAGCGGUCCAGGUCGUCCAGGCACAGACAGUGGCCGGCUGACCCACACACACGAGAGAGAAUAUUUGAAGGGAGGAGGUGGAAGGAGCUGAGCCUGACUGAGCUCGUGGGGUGGGGGUGUGGUGUGGGUGCAUAGUGUAGUACGUGUGUGUGCGGUCAUAUGUGUGCGAGUGCGAGACAGUGAGACUGGAGAUAGGGCUAAAGAGCGGCAGCCUUUAAUUCCUCUCUAGCUCGCAGUCUCGCACACAACACAUCACAUACCCGGCCGGCCCUCUCUUUCUCCCCCUGCCCGCAGGCUGAGCUCCCCCAUAGUUACUAGCUAGCUUAUAUUGCAUAUCUCCUCCCCCUCCUCCGUCCUCGCUAGCUCGUGUUCUUCUUCCUCUCAUCUUUUGCUUGUCCUCCAUUCCAUCGAUCUCCUAUUCCUGUGCCGACCGCGAGGCCAUCGUCAAAGAGAAACACAGAGCGGGUCGGGGACUCUCGGGGAGUCGGGGGAGGCUGCUAGUGCUAGCUAGCUCGACCAUAUACAGUUUGUGGGCGCGGCCGGGCGGGCAACAAGCUGCUAAGGUACCAGCAUACCACCCAUCUCCAUGGCUUUCCUGGUGGAGCGGUGCGGCGAGAUGGUGGUGUCGAUGGAGAGCCCGCACGCGAAGCCGGUGCCGGCGCCGUUCCUGACCAAGACGUACCAGCUGGUGGACGACCCCUGCACCGACCACAUCGUGUCGUGGGGCGACGACGACACCACCUUCGUCGUGUGGCGCCCGCCCGAGUUCGCCCGCGACCUCCUCCCAAACUACUUCAAGCACAACAACUUCUCCAGCUUCGUCAGGCAGCUCAACACCUAUGGCUUCAGGAAGAUAGUGGCGGACAGGUGGGAGUUCGCCAACGAGUUCUUCAGGAAGGGCGCCAAGCACCUCCUCGCCGAGAUCCACCGGAGGAAGUCGUCGCAGCCGCUGCCGACGCCGCUGCCGCCGCACCAGCCCUACCACCACCACCACCACCAUCUCCACCACCACCUCAGCCCGUUCUCCCCGCCGCCGCUGGCACAGCCGGUGCCGUCGUACCACCACCACCACUUCCAAGAAGAGCCCAUCGCCACCGCCACCGCGCCGCACGGCGGUGCUCAAGCCGCCGCCGCCGGCGGCAACAAUGAAGGCAGCGGCGCCGGCUCCGGCGGGGACUUUCUGGCCGCGCUGUCGGAGGACAACCGGCAGCUGCGGCGGCGCAACUCGCUGCUGCUGUCGGAGCUGGCGCACAUGAAGAAGCUCUACAACGACAUCAUCUACUUCCUGCAGAACCACGUGGCCCCGGUGACGAGCCCCUCGUCGGCGGCGCACGCGUCCCUGCCCAGCGCCGGCGGCGGCGGCGCCGCGGCGUCCUCCUGCAGGCUAAUGGAGCUGGACCCGGCGGACUCCCCAUCCCCGCCGCGGCGGCCGGAGGCGGACGACGGCACGGACACGGUGAAGCUGUUCGGCGUGGCCCUGCAGGGCAAGAAGAAGAAGCGGGCGCACCAGGAGGAUGGGGACGACGGCAACCAUGAGCAGGGAAGCAGCGACGUCUAGCCGCCGGCCGGCUUGCAUUGCUAGCUCUCUCGUUCGUGUACAUACAGAGAUCAGAUCAGAGAGUAGUAGUUUGCCUCGCUAGCUAGGCUAGGCUAGGCUUUGGUAAUUUUCUUCUGAGUGCGUACUGAAAUUAAUGUGCAAGAGCGAAGUGUUUGUCUGAGUAAAACUAACAAGAAUCUACGGAUGCGUGCAUGGAAGCUAAGCUAGAUGCAGAGGCUUGCACC